AUGGGCCUACCCACCUCCGCUCAGCUGCUGCACAUGUGUGCUUUGCAUGCACACGUGCCGCAGGCAAUAUACCCACUGUACAGGGAGCGGGCGCCACGUCGAUCAGCGGAAACGCCUCGACCCUCUUUGUUCUCUGCCGUCGCUGCAGACGAGGUGCUUAAGCGCAGUGUCGUCAAUCGCAAAUCAUGUGCUACUCGCACUCCUGCUCCCACAUGGUUAGCGCAUCCAGCUCAGCUAGGUAAACUGCUGUGCGGCAGACGCACGGCCGCUGGAGAGGUCGCCGAGGCAGUCCACAGGGAUGGGCAGGAUCCCAGCUCCAGAUGUCGCUGA